AUGGCGGAGAACGCGAGCUUCCGGGAGGAGGCAGAAGAGGGCUCCAACAACUCCCGCAAGCCUUUCCUCCACACCGGCAGCUGGUAUCGGAUGGGCUCCCGCCAGGGCAGCCUCAUGGACAAGCUCGCCAACUCCUCCGCUCAGGUCCUCCGCGACUCCUCCGUUUCCGUUGUCCUCUGCACCCUCAUCGCCGCCCUCGGCCCCAUCCAGUUUGGAUUCACAGUUAGUACUCCUCGCCCUCGCUCCUUCCCUCCCUCCCUCUUUGUCUAUGUAUACUUCUCCUUCAAUCUCCGCCCCAAUUCCUCGAUCCUUUGAGCGCAGUGCGGCUACUCCUCGCCCACCCAGGCCGAGAUCAUCAGCGACCUUGGCCUCUCCCUUUCAGAGGUGAAAUCCCCUGUCCCUGCCCAAUCCUUACCUUCUUCUCUCGUUGGAUCUCGUAAAUUUCGCCCGUGAUGGCUCUGAUCGAUUUCUUGGGCGCUCGAUGAAACUUCGCGUUUGAACAGUUCUCCUUCUUCGGCUCUCUGUCUAACGUGGGCGCCAUGGUUGGGGCGAUCGCCAGCGGGCAGAUUGCCGAGUACGUAGGGCGCAAGGGGGUAAGCCGUUUCAUUCAUGGCUCUGAGGAUUGACCAGGGAACAACUGAAGUAGAAGUACCGUCGGUGGAUCCUUGCUCCUAUUCUCUUUUCGUGUGCACGAACGACCGGUAAUGCAUUGGUUUCUCUGUGGGUAUGCAGUCACUGAUGAUCGCCGCCAUCCCCAACAUAAUCGGGUGGCUCGCCAUAUCCUUUGCAAAGGUAUGCUGCUAGGAAUCUCUGACAUGAAGAUCCUCCUUAAUAAAGUUUUGCCUCUUUCCACAUGUGUGUCACUUCUCCUGCUCUGCAGGACACUUCCUUCUUGUACAUGGGUCGGCUACUGGAAGGGUUUGGUGUGGGUGUGAUCUCCUAUGUGGUCAGUCUUUCUACAUUUCCCUUCAUCUUCAAUCCCAUCGUAUGGCCUGUUCGUUCUGUGGGAUCUCACUCCUAAACGUUUGGCUGUUACUAGGUGCCUGUCUAUAUAGCAGAGAUAGCUCCACAGAACAGGAGGGGUGGCCUCGGUUCUGUGAAUCAGGUUGGCCUGGGUGUGCUAUUUCUUGUUUGAUAAAAGCCUUCCUACUUGUGUCUUCUAAGCCAUUUUUGCCGCCCACGCUCAUUCCGUCUACAGUACGAUUUAUAUGAAUCUGAUUGUCUAUUUAUCCUUCUUCUCCUGCAGCUAUCUGUCACUAUAGGGAUAAUGCUGGCCUACCUCUUCGGUUUAUUUCUACACUGGAGGGCACUUGCCGUGCUUGGUAGAUGCAUUUCUAGUGUCGAUGAACAUAACUGAAAUCAUAAUAAUAAUCACCCAUGACGAAUCAUUACCGGAAAUCUCUUUACUCCUUGUGCAGGGAUCUUGCCCUGCACACUUUUGAUUCCUGGUCUGUUUUUUAUCCCAGAAUCCCCCAGGUGGCUGGUAAGUUUCUUUGGGGAAGAGCCUUUAUCAGCAGCCAUUUUAAAAUUCUUAAAGUAAAGUUGUGAUUAUAUCUUGUAGGCAAAGAUGGGCUUAAUGGAUGACUUUGAAACUUCACUCCAAGUUUUGAGGGGCUUCGACACAGAUAUCUCUGUUGAAGUGAAUGAAAUCAAGGUGCAGAGGCUCUGAACUUAUCACUUCACCAUAAUUUGUUUGACUAUAUCUUUUUGCCAUUUUUCUUAACUCGUCUCAAAAGAAAGGGGUAGAUCAGGAAAAUCAGUGCAAAGCCCAUGAUUACCAAUGUUUGGGAGGGGCUCACGAUCUUCUAAUGUUGCUGCAUGUACAUCUGGAUUCUACCUUGGCAGAGGUCAGUAGCUACAACAACAAGAAGAACCACAAUCCGCUUUGCUGAUCUGAAAAGACGACAAUACUGGCUUCCACUCACGGUACUGUGGGACAUUCGGUGGUUUCAGCCUUUCAUGCUACUCAGUGCUGUGGUAUGUGAUUGUCUUUUAUCAUGUUGAAACUCUGCAGAUAGGGAUUGGUUUGCUUAUCCUUCAGCAGCUCAGCGGGAUCAAUGGAAUCCUAUUUUACGCCAGUAAUAUUUUUCAAGCUGCUGGUGAGGACGUUGUCUCCAUACUCACCUCCUGUUUUGCAGUUUUAUGCGAUCUUCACCAUGUGCUUUAUUUAUAUUAUUUUGGUUGCUCUCUUGAACUGCUUUAAAAAGGAAAGGGUAACGUGAUUAUCUAUUUCUUCAUGUGCCAGAUUUUGGAUUUGUUGGAUCACGUUGUAACUUGGUCAUUGCUGUAGAGUAGCAUUUGGUUGACUCUAUCGUUUAAGGCUAAUGAAGGAAAAUAAAAUGUUAGGUGAAAGGUGAGAGCAAGAAUAUUCGCCACAGUUAAAAGAUCAUGGCAAAAAGUAUUGCUAAUAAAUUCACAUUCUUUUGUGCUAAACAGGACAGAAGGGAUCUUAGCAAUGGAUCAAAUAUGAUACCUAAAGGGACAGCGAAUAAAUUCACGUUCAUGAAAAUGCUAUUAAAGGCAAACAGAGUCUUUCCUCACUUCCCUUAAAUAGAAGGAGAAACAUGUAGAAGUGCAAUCUUUAAUAAGGCUGAUGAGACUUUUAUGUCAUGGAUGAGAUCUUUCAAUGGUUCUCUUCACUGCAAGAUUAGAGACCAGUUUUCCAAGUGCUAAAGCGACGAAUGAAGUAAAACCAUGUGAUCUAGAUCUGGAAUUUAACAGUAGUCAUCAUCUACUAGCUUAACUGGUGUUUCAUUAUUUUAAGUCAUGGGAGUAAAUAGUCUUACAAUCAACAUCAUUAAAUCAUCACAAUAAUUAUUUAUUUUCUAUUCAUUGAUCAAAAUCCAACAUGUGUCAGGUGCGAAAUUCAACAUCCUCUAUGUUCGUACUAUCUGGAGAAUUAUGUGCCUACCCAAAAUCGUUUUACCCUGUUCUUUAUUUUCAAAUUAUUACCACAAAGCUAUCUCAUUGUUAUAACCAGAAACUGAUAAGCAACUGAACUACCUCAAGAAAACGGGACCUCUAGUAUGGACAGGGGAGGACAAGAAAAUAAAAUGUAUUCUAAAUAAGAUGGUCUGUUUAAUGCUAGGGACAUUUCUUCAUCUCAACGUUUUUCCUUUUGAGUGUCUAAACUGUUAUGUUUGGCAAGAGUUAGCCGGAAUCAUUUUAGAAUGUAGUAGUUUAAAGCGUUAUUGCUAAAAAAAUGCACACUUUUGUGGAAAUAACUACUGAUGUUAUAGGUAGUCGAGCCAUGACAUUUAUUUUCUAUCAUUGUAAAGUAUUUGGAAGCCGAUAUUAAUUGAAGUUUUCUGCACAGUGUGUUUUUUAUUCAUUUUCUCUAAAAUAUGAUUGAUGGUGGACUAUUUCUUUCGAUUUCACAUCUGGUUUGGUUUCCUUUCAAAAGUUCUGCGUUCAUUGUGCUGAGUGUUCUCAUUAUAUCCUUCCCCUCUGUGGGAGAUUCACCUCUGAAUGCUUGGCAUGGUAGUCGCUUGUGUAUUUCUAUUUCUGGCAUCUGUCGGAUUUUGCAUUCCAAACUGUUUUCCCCUUCAAAAUUUUGAUUCCAGUAUUAUUUUUACAAUCAGAUAUAUCCUGAUGUGAAUUCAAUGCCAUAGCAUCUCCUUGGGUGCCUUUUCUGCUUGCAUAUUUCUUUCUUUAUUAGUUCUCCGUUUUUAUUUCUUACAUGUGACAAUGUGCUCCAAAGUAAUCUUGUGUUGGAGCACUUGCCCUAUUUUUUUUUUCAUGGUUUCUUUGCCCCUUCAGGUUUGUAUGCAUUGUAACAUCCAAGCAUAAUAAUCUGCUUAAACCAGUGUCCAAGGUAUCUCAGUAUAGAUCUUCCAUCCAAAGAUUCUUUACGAUGUUUUUAUUUUUCAGGGUUGUCAUCAAGCAAUGUUGCCACAGUUAGCCUUGGAGCUAUUCAGGUUUAGGAACUGAAGACCUUCUGCAGAGCCAAUCAACGAGCUAUUCAUGUCAUGGAAUUUUGAUAUCUUACUUGACAUGUGAUCCACAGGUCGUUGCUACUGGAGUUACCACUUGGCUUCUUGAUAAAGCUGGGCGUAGGCUCCUCCUUAUUGUGAGUCUGAGGCAACAUAGCUUGCAGUAGUAAAUUUAGGGAUUGUAGCGGUGGAUAUUGAGAUAUCAAUGAUUUCCUUGCCCAGAUCUCAACUUCGGCAAUCACACUUAGUCUGCUCGUUGUUGCUGUUGCGUUUUAUUUGAAGGUCAGCCUCCUCUUUGUUAAACCUUUUUGAUGGUUUUUUUUGUUUCCUGAAUUACCAUUAAUUCACUGGCCGAUUGAUUUCUAAGGUGGGGGAAUGGCUCAUGAAACCCAUAUGAGCACCUAAUAUCUAAAUUACUCUUCCUUUUGCUUUUUUGUUUGAUUGGAGACAGGGUGUUGUCUCAGAGGAUUCUCGCUUUUAUCUUAUACUGAGUGUGCUGUCUUUGGUUGGUCUGGUGGUAUGUUCUUUCUCCGCAGAGGACGUUCAACUCUCCUAUGAUACGUAUUUUCCCUUGACUGCUUGAGAACUUUCUUCUGCACAGGCUUUCGUGAUUUCGUUCUCCCUUGGAUUGGGAGCCAUUCCCUGGAUCAUAAUGUCUGAGGUGCGUAUGGUCACUAGGUCUCUCUGCCCAUUAAUUCUCGGAACAGCUGUAGCCUUAUGAUAUCUUCUUUCGGACGUGUACCAUCUAUUUGCUGUUUUAUUAAGCAUCUUUCGAGGCUGUUCCGCAUCUCCAGGAUAUCCUGUUGUUGUUAUGGCCUUUUCGUCCUCAUCUCUAUCCAAAUAACAUUCAUGUUGGUCACUAUCAUGCCAUGUCUAGGCAGAACCAACCUGUUGUUCCUCUCAUGCAACCGACUAAAUGGGAAAUUCUGUAUGGUUUCAACAUAUUGGAAACUGAUCUAGUAGCCCAGUUGAGAUCCAAAUUAACAUAGAGAUUCACGUCACAACUUGUGGAUUUCCCUCGCUGCCACUUUUGAUUUGUUAUCAUUGUUCUUUGUAUAGUAUUUUGCGCAGUUGAAAUUAAAUUUUGUUUUGUCAUGAAUACUGGUAGAAAUCUGAGCCGGUUGAAGCCCUCCUGAGGACCACCCAUUUAGAGCUUGAGAUCAAACUCAUUUGUCUGUUUGUGGAAGCACGAUCAACAUCAGAUCUUAUCGGGCCUCCUUGCAUUGACUUUGACCACUAGACAUGCAGGUCACCCGAGAUUUUCCUAGAUGUUCGCCUCUGGGUAUGGAGGCUACAUGUGGUUGCAUUAGAUGUUGACCGUUUGACCGCCGCCUAUGAACAUCUAACUCCUUGUAGCAUCUUUAGCCCUGAUAGGCGACUAAGGCGAAAAACCCAAGCCUUUUUCUCUGUUGCCUAUGACAGUUGAUGCCGGGUGUUGACUUUUGAUGGCAGGUCAUGCAUUAGUUCAGUCUUCCUUUCGUUCCUCACAGCAAGCAUUGGUUUUGCUCCUGCAGAUACUUCCAGUGAAUAUAAAGGGUCUUGCUGGCAGCGUGGCAACCCUCGCCAACUGGCUCACUUCAUGGGUUAUAACGAUGACGGCCAACUUGCUCUUGGAUUGGAGCAGUGGAGGUUUGGCUCUCUCUCUCUCUCUCUCUCUCUCUCUCUCUCUCUCUCUCUCUUUCUCCUUUUUCCAGCUAUCGAGGAACCUGAAGGGCUGCUUCGUCUAUUGCAGGGACCUUCACCCUGUACGCAGCUGUCAGCGCCUUGACCGUGCUAUUUGUUGUGAAGUUGGUCCCGGAGACGAAGGGCAGAACCCUGGAGGAGAUCCAACGGUCCUUCCGAUGA